AUGGCAAAGCGCAGAUUUGCGCUACGUUUUCGUGGAUUGACUGCUUCUCUCUCCUCAGAUCCUACUUUCCUCGCGCUUUCCCUAACUCAUCUUCAAUUCCUUUCUCUUGUUAGUCCGAGUGAUUUACCUCUGGAUACAUCCUUAGAGAACGCAGGCACUUUCUGUGAGAAAACAAUCUUCUACCCUACACCUUAUCCCUCUUGUCCUCUCUCUCAUGUGAGAGAGAGAGAGAGAGAGAUAGAGAUGCAGGCAGUUCUGCAAACAAAAGGGCUUCUCUCUUUCCCUUCAUAUCCCAAACCUAGACCUUUCAGCUCACCACAACCACAGGGGCUCAGGCUCAGAUUCCAGCCUUUGAAACCCAAGCCCCUUGAUGGAUUUGCUCUACCCUGA